AUGAAAAAAGGAAACUAUGCAAACUUUAUUUUGGACUUGAAAUGUAGACUAUUAGAUCUAGAAUAUACUGAAUAUCUCAUUACCACUGAUAAUCAAAAAACAUUAUCUACGUCAACGACUGCAGAACACAAUAAUCAUUCUAACAAUCCUGGAGAAUUGACCAUUGAUCCAACGGAAAUCAUUGAACCAACAAAGGAUUAUAAGCCCAAAUACAUUGAUACACUCUAUCCAGUGGCUCAUUUUGAUCGAAAAUUACGAUCAUUAUCACAACUCUGUCAUGAACCAGAUAUGCGCUCAACAAGCCAACAUGAUCAAAAUGGUACUCAGCAGCAACGACGGUCUUUACACAAUAAUACAUCUGUUAUUCCCUUGGUUUCUAUCAUUGAACCGAAACAGCGCAAACAUACCAAAAGAGCGAAACGCCGUUUAUUCGAUAAUGCCACCAAUCAUGAUAUGUACACUGAAGCCAUCAAGUAUAUGACCGAUCUCACUGCAGAACUUGGACGAAGUAGCAUUUCGUUGUAUCUAGAAGAAGAAGACGCAUUACACAAAGAACCUGUUUCUCAAGCUAUCACAUUUGGUCACGUGUUUAUGCUUAAUUUGGAAGAUCCCCAUCUGAGACAAGAACGAUUGAUUUCAGAGAACAAUGAAGAAUCAAAUCACUAUUCACCUCUUUUUGCUACGGCACAACUUUGGGAAUCUAAACAGAAACGAAACUAUGGUAACCUUCUCCACAUCCUUGAAAAACAUCAGCAAUAUAUACAUCAUGUGAUCUAUUCACUCCUGACUGGGCGACCUGUUGUUAUUAUGGGAAAUGCUCAAGCAAAAAGCCGAAUUCAACAAAUUGUUGAUGCAUUAUCUAUUUUUGUUCCUGGUCUAUCAAAAUCACAUCAUCAAAUCCUUUCCUGGUUUACUGGUGAAAAACUGGAUGAUGAAUCAUUGGCAUCUAUCAAGUUGGUUGGCACAACAAAGGAUAAAAUUGAUCCUAGUAUUUAUCGAUUGGAUAUUAGCUGUCUUGAAGUGGAUCAUCAGAAUGGCAAUGGAAGUCUUGUUACAAGCCCACUUUAUCUGGAUGGACAAUGGGUAUAUGAAAUGUUAUCAAAAAUGUCAUAUUAUACGUCUGAUGAAUCUUAUAUUGCAUACCUACACACAAGAUUUAUGAACAUGUCACUACGAGCCUAUAUUUAUCAUCACAAAUAUUUGGAACAGGAC